GGGGCACUUGGAGCCCGCCCUGGGCUCGUGGAAGGGGCGGAGCCGGGAUCUCUCCCGGUCCUAGAGGAGGCGGAAGUGCCAAGCGAGUGCGGGGCCAAGGACACUUAGCCGCUGACCCUGUGCACUCAGAUAGAGGCGGCGGCUCCGGGUCCCGGAGGUCCAGUGGGCAGCUCCAGAGGUAGGGCCCAACCCGGGCCUGCGAAGAGUUUUCACUUUAGCAAUUGAAAUUGUACCUUAUGUCUGUGAAGCUCCACACUUCUCACAAGCUCCCAGGUGACGCUGGUGCUGCUGGGGAUGGAGCACACUUUGAGUGGCAAGAUGUGGGCAUCGGCACCUGGAGAAGGGAGGCAGCUGUCCAGGAGCCUCAUGGCUGCUCAGUAGGUGAGCCAGAACUAGAACCCACGUCUGCUGGCACCCCUCCCAGCCUGUGACUUCGAAGGCGCUCCGAGAGCGACACACUCCCCAGCCAUGAACUACGUGGGCCAGCUGGCGGGGACCGUGUUUGGGACGGUGAAGGAGCUGUACCAGGGCCUGAACCCGGCCACACUGAGUGGUUGCAUCGAUGUGCUGGUGGUGGAGCAGGUGGACGGCUCCUUCCAGUGCUCGCCCUUCCAUGUGCGCUUCGGCAAGCUGGGCGUCCUGCGGUCCCGGGAGAAGGUGGUGGACAUCGAGAUCAAUGGGGAGCCCGUGGACUUGCACAUGAAGCUGGGGGACAGCGGGGAGGCCUUCUUUGUCCAGGAGCUGGAGAGUGAUGAGGAACACGUGCCUCCCCGCCUGUGCACGUCACCCUUACCUUGGGGAGGCCUGUCUGGGUUCCCCUCGGACUCCCAGCUGGGUACAGCCAGCGAAUCCGAGCCCAUCAUCAUGGGUGUGGCCUCCACGGGAAGGAAGAAGAGGCUUCGUAGGAGGAAACCCAGGUGGAAGGAGGACACGGUGGCGGACGAUUCUAGUUCUGAGGAGCUGGAGGCAGGUGCUGAGAGUGAGCUGUCCCUGCUGGAGAAGCCGAGGCUGGAGACCACAGGAUGUGUGGAGACCAGCAAUAUCCAGUUGGAAGAGGAGUCCUCGUCACAGCCUACAGACAUCUACCCCUACUCCGACGGCGAGUGGCCCUCCCAGACCAGCCUUUCAUCGGAAGGGCUAACAUCCCCUAAGAGUGACUCGGAGCUGGAGGUGAAGACCCCGGAGCCCAGCCCCCUGAGAGCUGAGUCGCACAUGCAGUGGGCCUGGGGGAGGCUGCCUAAGGUGGCCAAAGCUGAGAGGCCCAUGUCCUCGAUGGUCCCCGAUGGCAGCACUGGGGCAGCCUCAGCUCAGGGAGAGCCCAGCACCCCUGACCUUCGGCCUGACACGGAGGUGCCCGCUCUGAUGGGUCCCCCUCUCCCUGCCCCGGAGAGAGAAAAAACCAAGACUCAGAGAUCCGGGGAUGCGGGUCUCUCUCCUGCCUCAAAAUCAUGGAGCUGGGCCGCUCUGGAGGGUCCAGCUCCCACCGAGCCGCCAGAGGGGUUCUCCAGGAGGAAAGGCUCCCUGAAGAGAAGCCAGCACCUGGGCCCCAGCGACAUCUACCUGGAUGACUUGUCCUCUCUGGACUCUGAGAAUGCAGCCCUUUACUUCCCCAAGAGUGACUGUGGGCUGGGGCCCAGGAGGUGGAGUGAACCCGGUAGCCAGAAGCCAAUGGGGGACCCCAACCCCGAACAGGAACCAGAACCCACUCUGGACACGGUGGACACGAUAGUGCUGUCUCUCUGUGGAGGACUGGCUGACAGCCGGGACAUUUCCCUGGAGAAGUUCAACAAGCACAUAGUCUCCUACCAGGACCUCGUCCAAAACCCUGGCCUCUUGGACGACCCAAACCUGGUGGUGAAAAUCAAUGAGAAGCACUAUAACUGGGCUGUAGCUGCCCCCAUGGUCCUCUCCCUCCAAGCCUUUCAGAAGAACUUGCCCAAGAGCACCGUGGACAAGCUGGAGAAGGAGAAAAUGCCCAGGAAGGGUGGGCGGUGGUGGUUUUCCUGGCGACGCAGGGACUUCCCGGCCGAGGAGAGAAAUGCCCCGAGGGAGAAGACCACAGCCAGGGAGGCACGGGGGGAGAAGACUGAUGUCCUGAGUAGCGAGGAUGACGCCCCUGAGAGCCCUGUCAUCCUUGAGGCUCCCUCCCUGCCGACUUUGCCUCCAGCCUACUCUCCUGCCUACAAGAAGUCCCUCCGCCUCUCCUCUGAUCAGAUCCGGCAGUUGAACCUGCAAGAAGGUGCCAAUGAUGUGGUCUUCAGCGUGACAACCCAGUACCAGGGUACCUGCCGCUGCAGGGCCACCAUCUACCUGUGGAAGUGGGACGACAAGGUGGUCAUCUCGGACAUCGAUGGUACCAUCACCAAGUCGGACGCUCUGGGCCACAUUCUGCCCCAGCUGGGGAAAGACUGGACGCACCAGGGCAUCACGAGUCUCUACCACAAAAUCCACCUCAACGGGUACAAGUUCCUGUACUGCUCAGCGCGGGCCAUUGGCAUGGCUGACCUCACCAAGGGCUACCUACAGUGGGUGAGCGAGCGGGGCUGCGGCCUCCCUAAGGGCCCCAUCCUGCUGUCUCCCAGCAGCCUCUUCUCCGCCCUGCACAGGGAGGUGAUUGAGAAGAAGCCAGAGGUGUUCAAGAUCGCCUGCCUGAGCGACAUCCAGCAGUUGUUUCUGCCCCAUGGACAACCCUUCUAUGCCGCCUUUGGGAACAGACCCAAUGAUGUCACUGCCUACCGGCAGGUGGGCCUACCUGAAUCUCGGAUCUUCACGGUCAACCCCCGGGGAGAGCUCAUCCAGGAGCCCAUGAAGAACCACAAAUCCACGUACAAGCGGCUCAGCGAGGUGGUUGAGCUCCUCUUCCCGCCCUUGGACCGUGGCCCCAGCACAGACCUGGCCAACCCUGAAUACAGCAGCUUCUGCUACUGGCGGGAGCCACUGACCACUGUGGACCUUGAUACCCUGGCCUGACACCCCUUCCUCCCUGGCCUGGCCCAGAACUGACUGGGAAUCCCAGGACAUCGGGCGUUGGAAGCUGGGUGCCACAGGACCAACCGGACGCGGAGGAGGGGAGAUGAGGGCUGGUUGGCAACCUCUCUCCUCCCUAUCCUGUCUCUUGCCUCUGCCAGCGGAGCUGCAGGGGAUGGGGCAGCUGUUCCCGGCCUCAGCUGGCCUGUGGCAAUUAAAUGACUGUCACCCGGGCCCUUGCCGUGUUCUCUGAGCCCUUGAUGUCUCUGUCCCCAUCACUCUGAGACUUUGCCUCAACUCCUGAUGGGACAGAGAGAAGAGGGAGGCCCCACUGAGGCUUGAGAGCUGUAGGCACAGGGAAGGUUGGCAGCAGCAGUGGGGCAUAGAUUAGCAUCUGGGAGGAACACAAUGUCCCCCCACCCCUUCAGGGAGCCUCUGAGGCCAGACCCUUACAUAGCCCUGGCCCGUUCCCACAGCUCUGGGGCCAGACACCUCAGCAUGUCCCCUGAGGAUGCAGCCCCAAAUCCUGCCAAGCAGGUGGGGUUGGCCUGCCGCCCUCCCCAAGUUCAGUGCCCACACAGCUGCAGAGCAAGCUCUUGCCCAAGGAGCUGUGGGAAGCAGGACUGACACCCACUGCAGUCAUCCCUCCCACUGUCUUUGGGGAAGAAAGUACCUUUAGAAACUAAAGUACCUUUAGUUUAGAAAGGCUAAAAGCUUUAAUCCAGGCCCACCCUCCCCCAACAGCACCAAGUAGAGGGCAGAAUUCCAAAUGUCGAGAAGCCGGAAGGCAGGGCUACUGGAACCUGCAAAACAGCACAGGAGGGCCCCUGAUGCCGUGGGGAAACUGAGGCCAGGCGCCUCAGCAGACAGGCAUCAGGGUCUCUGGGAAUUGUGCAGGCCAGAUGAACGCUUGUAUUUUCAGAUUGUUCCUCGGUCAUGUUCUACCUGAAUUCCUCAUGACUUCAUGAACAUCCAGGCGGGGCUGGGUUUGCAAGGAUUCUGGAAACUAGGGCUGGAGCCCUCUCCCUCCAGCCAUGGCCUUCUGCCCAGGGCUUGGCCUCAUUCAGGCCAUGACAUACAUGAGAGUGGCCCUAAAGAUUUCCCCCCACACACGAAAAGGAGGGGACUAUGUGGGGCCCAGAGUGCCUGAAAACAUCUUUGGGGAAGAGAAGGAAGCGCAUAAAUUGCACGGGAUCUCCAAACAGACCACCUGGGCCCAAUCCUGUCCUCUGGGAAGCGACAGCUCCCUAAGCCCUCACCUGUGGGAGGGUCAAAAGGAAUAAAGAGAACUCGUGCCUGA